AGAAAAAUUAACUCUAUUGUCUGGCUGAUGAUGCAAAUUCCUAGUAUACACAUCUGCAUAUAUUCUCAGUAUCUUGGUCAGAUGUAGGUGUGCAGAUUUCCACAGUAGCAGGGAGGGGCGCAGGAAGGAGGAGUGGUGUAAUCGUUCACGAAACUUUGACAGGUGUGUGUGUGUGUGAGAGUGUGCGUGUGUGUGCAAUAGAGAGACAGACAGGGAGGGUUUGUAAAUACAAAUUAGAUCAGGAUGACGCAGGCAGCACUCUUCCCUCUACAUGUGGAGAUGAAGACAGUGAGGGAGGAAGAGGAGAACAGACAGAGGGACAGGAUGAAGGAAUGCACCGGCAGACAGGAAUAUGGAGGAGAGAGAUUAGUGCGUAUCUCACUGGAGGAGAUGGAGAGCUACUACAGAUGCACUCAGUGCUGUCAGCGGCUGCAUAAUGACAUCCUGCAAAGGGAUGGUCCUCUUUGUGCAGCAGAAAUUGGCUCUGAACUCCAGAAGCAGUUUGCCAUCCUGCCAGGGGGCCGCGGGAUGAACGGCAGCCCCAUCAUCGUCUUCCCAGAGUUCCCAGAAUUCAGCGAGCUGGAGGAAGAGGAGGUCCAAAAUGUCCUCAGUUACCUCAGCAGCAUCCCCAGCGUUGCAGCAUCAGGAGUGGGUUUCAUCCUGGUCAUCGACAGACGACUGGACCGAUGGGCCGCCGUCAGGGCUACCCUGCUCCGCAUCGCAGGUUCAUUUCCAGGGAACUUACACUUGGUUCUGGUGUUGCGUCCCACUACUUUGCUCCAGCGGACUCUGUCAGACUUCCUGUUCAAGUACAACAAGGAUGAGUUCAAAAUGAAGGUGGUGAUGCUGAGUUCGGUGACUGAGCUCCAUGCCUAUAUCGACCCAGGACAGCUGACCACAGAGCUUGGAGGCACGCAGGAAUACUGCCAUGACAGCUGGAUCUCACACCGCACUGCAAUCGAGGCAUUCGCCCUCAUGGUGAAGACCACGGCUCAGACCCUGCAGGCAUUUGGCACGGAGCUCGCAGAGACAGAAUUACCAAACGAUGCAGAAGCCACCACCAACCUGCUGCAUACACACACCAUAAAGAAGGAAAAAAUGAAGGAGGAUCUGCAGGUGGCGCUGUCUCAAGGUGGACGCCUGUUGGAGUGUAUCAAUGAGCCUCUUCAGACGGACCCUGAAUACAGCAUGACCUACGAUGAAGUGGAGAACUUAGCGACUGUACAGAGACUCCUGGGUCAGCUUGACGAAACGGAGACAGCAUUCGAUGAUUUCUGGGAGCGUCACCGCACCAAACUAGAACAAUGUUUACAGCUCCGACAUUUUGAACAGCACUUCCGUGAAGUGCGCGCCCAGCUUGACGUGACAUCAGAGAGGUUGUCAGGUUUCUCUGAGGUCAGCGUAAGCCCCGCCCACGCUGAGCAUGUCCUCCGAGAGCUCGGCGGUCAUGAGGAGAAGGCCUGCGACGCACUGGACCGUGCCCUGUCCCUGGCUGGUGAUGGUGACAGGCUGAUAGAAAAUUCCCACUAUGCUGAGGACUCCAUCAGGCCAAAGUGCAGCGAGCUGAGAGCAGUGUGUGAGGAGAUCAACUCCACUCUGAGGAGCAAGAAGAGUCUCCUGCUCAGGGCCAUGGAGCUCCACCACGCUCUGGAGAAGGCGUCACGGUGGUGUGAGGAGGGCAUCUUCCUGUUAGCCAGCCAGCCGGUGGACCGCUGUCAGUCUCAGGAUGGAGCUGAAGCAGCUCUGCAGGAACUGGAGCGUUACCUGGACACAGCACCGCUGCACACCCUCACCGACCGCAGCGCCAUCUGCUGCCAGUUUGAGGCGGUGCUCACUACUCAACUCAGGGACCAGGUAGAGAAGGUUUUCCAGAAGCAAAGCUCCGUACAGGAGAUGUUUGAGAAGAGACGCGUCAGCCUGAAGAAACUUGCCGCUAAACAGACCAGACCGGUUCAGCCAGUAGCACCAAGACCCGAAGUGAAGUCUCCUCUCUCCUCUCCCAAUCAACAGAGAAAGGAAAGAAGAUACUCUGCAGAUAAUGCCAUCUGCAAAAAGGUAGAGUCUCCCGUACAUAAUGGUGGCACCAGACAUGCUUCUCUCUCAGAAGAAGAAGAAAACCUGGCAGUACUUAGACGCCAUGUGAUGAAUGAACUGCUGGAGACAGAGAGAGCGUAUGUGGAGGAGUUACUGUGUGUGUUGGAGGGUUAUGCAGCUGAGAUGGACAACCCUGCCAUGGCUCACCUCAUCCCCAGCACCCUGCUGAGCAAGAAGGUCGUCUUGUUCGGCAACAUGUCUGAAAUCUACCAGUUUCAUAAGAGGACAUUUCUAAAGGAGCUGGAAGCAUACACUGACUGCCCAGAAUUAGUGGGCCGCUGCUUCUUAGAGAGGAUGAAGGACCUGCAGAUCUACGAAGCAUACUGCCAGAAUAAACCUCGCUCUGAGAGCUUGUGGAGACAGUGCUCCGACUGUGCCUUCUUCCAGGAGUGCCAGAAGAAGCUGGAACAUAAACUUGGUUUGGACUCCUACCUCCUUAAACCCGUCCAGAGAAUCACCAAGUACCAGCUACUGCUGAAGGAGUUGUUGAAGUACAGUAAAGGCUGUGAUGGCUGCGAUGACCUACAGGAAGCUCUUUCCUCCAUCCUGGGGAUCCUGAAAGCUGUUAAUGACUCCAUGCACCUCAUCGCCAUCACAGGAUACGAGGGUAAUCUGUCAGAGCUGGGUCGCCUGCUGAUGCAAGGCUCCUUCAGUGUGUGGACGGAGCAUAAAAAAGGUCACGCCAAGGUCAAGGACCUGGCUCGGUUUAAGCCCAUGCAGAGGCACUUGUUCCUGCACGAGAAGGCUCUGCUGUUCUGUAAGAAGAGGGAGGAGAACGGGGAGGGCUAUGAGAAAGCUCCAUCUUACAGCUUCAAACACUCCCUCAGUAUGAGCGCAGUGGGCAUCACAGAGAAUGCUAAAGGAGACAACAAGAAGUUUGAGAUCUGGUGCAACUCCAGAGAUGAAGUUUUUAUAGUGCAGGCUUCAACACCAGAGGUUAAAACAGCAUGGGUGAACGAGAUACGCAAAGUCCUGACCCAGCAGCUCAAAGCCUGCAGAGAUGCCAGUCAGCAGAAGAGCUCAGACUCUGUUUCCCCGAGUCCUACCAGCAACAACAUGUCCAUCUCCCUCAGUCCCUUUCGUAGCAGCAGUCAGAAAAACCAGAAGAAGCAAGAGGAGAAGAAGGCGGAGAUGAGCACGAUGUCUGACUCCUCUUCGUCACCCAAACACAAAGGCUGGAACAAGGUUUCCCUCUCGGUGGACGCCUCAGAAGAGAAUGAUGACUACUCCAGCGGCGAGGACCCCAUGAACUCUGACCCUGAGGAUGAAGUAGGGAGGAAGCUGGCUCCGGGAAGGUAUACGGUGGUAGCGGACUGCGAGAAGGCAGGACCUCAAGAGCUGUCUGUGAAGAGCGGAGACAUGGUCCAGCUAAUCAGAGAAGGAGAGGACGGGCAGUGGUUUGUGAAGAACCUUCGCAGCAGUAAGGAGGGCUGGGUGGCAGCAGCAAACCUCCUCAGCCUCAUCUCAGAGUCCAAGUCAUCCCAGUCGCUCAGCAGCUCAGAUGGCAGCGUCUCGGGGAACCUCAGCACUUCCUCCAGCUGCAGCGAGACCUACACCAGCUUCUCCGACAUCAAACCCUGACCUGCCAUCACUGUCUAAGGCUCCAUCCUUAACCUGAAACCAUUUCCAUGUGGAAUUACAAAACCUGAAAGCUCACCCUGACAGGAGGACAGAGUCAAAGUGAUUCAUCACACUGACCAUCCACGUCACAGUUUGUUGGAUCCAACCAAAAAUGAAAACCAUCACUGUAUCUGCGAAUGUUUUCUGAGUAUUUACAGCCACCUGUCAGUCUCACUUUUACCUUCCAAGUUAUCAUGUUGGUUGAAUUUUCAGUAUUUUCACAGUUCAAUCCAGAAAAUUCAGAUAACAUCAGGGAAAAAUAGUUCCUCGACAUACAUGUUCUCGUCAUGUGAUGUAUCACUCCUGUCAGGCCUUAUUUAAAGAUCAUAGUGUCUGUACUCAGAGAAAAUGUCUUCAGUCUUAUAUUUAAUCCUUCAUAUGUAGCAUUAAUGUGGACACAGUUAUAGAAUAUCUGCACUAAGUGUGAGCUCUCAGCAGCCCCUUCAAGUGGAUAACAUCACAGCAUAGUGACAGAUUCUUUGUGUGAAACAUCGACAGGUACAGAUACUAUCAGACCGGUAUUUCACAUGAUGCUUUAGUGUCAGACAUUAAUCGUACACUGUGAAAACUGGCAGCUGGCUGCAACAAGAAAAACGCUUUGGGUGCAUCUUGGAGCAUCUCUGAGCAGGUCAGAUUUUCAGGCGUGUUACUGUAAGUCUCGUCACCUUUUUGUACAUGGGACACAUACUGGGUGAGGUGUGUUGAAUCCCUUGUAGUUUCUGGCGGGCCAGUUGUUUCAAAGUAGUCUCCUCAUUCAAGAAUGCUGUAUUCCUGUCUUGUUGAUAUUAGCCUCCUGUUCCCUGGUUUCACGGUUUAUAGGAAACAGCGUGUGAAUGUCACCAACAGCCCUACCUGGUGGUCAGAUGUCAUGCACGUCUCCUGCUACACGUACAAAUCACUUACACAGAAAGCGGCAGCUUGAAACAACUUUUCAACCUCUUUUUUCGUUUUUUUCCCCCCCAAGAGCGAUUGUCUGACUCGCCUCUGAACUGCUCUGGAUUUACCUCUCAGGAAGCCCAAGAAGUUGCGUGGGCAGGCAGGUGUGACUGCAUACCUGCUUGUGUUGACUAAGUGUCUUUGUGUGAGGGCAUUCUUGCACACGUUUGUGCUUCAGAACAAAUCCCAACAAGUCACAAAACUCCAGACUGGCCAUUUGGCCACAGACAGCAGCUGGGUCAGAGUUGCACACAAGUUCUUAUUUAAGGACAUUAUAGCGAAAUUAGUCAUGCAUUUAGCUGCCGGAUUAAUUUCUAGUCAGGUAAAGUUAAUGGGAGAGUUCAAUUUUUUUGAAGUGGGUUUAUAUGAGAUACUAUAUACAGUAGAUGUCAGUCAACAAGCCCCAGUUAGGAGAAGCAGA